CUGACACAACGACAACUAUCACGACUCGCGCUCUCUUUUAGUUCUAAAUCUGCAAAGAGUGCUGAAAAUAGUGACGAACCUUUAAAGUUUCAGCUAAGAAAACCUGAUGGAAUUCGAUUAAUGUUUGAGUGGAAGGAUAAGUACAGGCGAUCACUUGCUGAGACGGAGAAUGUACGUGCUCGUGGUAUUAAGCAGGUAGAGGAAGCAAAGAUGUUCGCAAUUCAAGGAUUUUGCAAAGAUUUAUUAGAGGUUGCUGAUAUACUCGACCUAGCUGUGAACUCUGUGAAAUCUGAAGAACUGGAAUCCGGUGGCAAAACGCUGACGGAUCUUCACAACGGCAUAGUAAUGACAAAGACGGUGCUCUUAAAAGUGUUCAAGAGACAUGGAUUAGUUGCUCUCAGCCCUAUUGGCGACAAAUUCGAUCCAAAUCUACACGAGGCUGUUUUUCAAGUAUCAGAAGCAAAAGUCGAACCUGGCCAUAUAAUGCAUGUUGCGAAAGUAGGAUAUUUACUGAGAGAGAGGCCGAUUCGUCCUGCACAAGUAGGCGUUGUUGUGGCCAGUUAA